AAUUCCUGCCGGCCGAUGGAAAGUUGGCCUGCGUGUUGCUCGUACCAUAGGAAUUUAAACGGGGAUAUAGGUAUAAGAACACGGAGACGGGGAGUCGUUCGCGGUAGUGUGAGGCAUAAACGCGCCGGCACCACACCCAGCGUGACCACCAUUGCGAAUACGGGACCACGGGACACGGCCAUGCGCGUCGCAGUGAUCUUGUUGGCGAGCUUCACUGCUUUAGCUUCAGCACAAUUCAACCAAGAUGUGGACGGUGGUUUGCCAGCAAAGGGGCUGCCGCUUCCUCUAAGAUCAGCACGGUUUCAGAGGCUGCCAGCCUCCAGACCAGCGGUACCAACGCAGGCUGUACUUGCCAAUCAACGAAUCAGACGUCCGAUUACAUUCAAACCGAGAGGCCCGGAAGAUAGUCCGAUAACUGGACCAGGACUGUUCACGCCGUCGAAACCUCUGCGGCCGAGUUUCCCGUCAGGGCCAGGACCAACGUUGCCUUCGCAGAUCAAGCCAGUGAGCGAGGAGCCGGAAGAUGAUUCGCGAAACAAAGAUUCAGCGCGGAACCAUGAUCAAGACGAUGAUAUUGAGCUGAGCGACGAGCAAUCGGAGAGCCAGGAGAGCGAGGAGAACGUGCCGCGCGGUCUGUCGAAUCUUGGAGGUCCUAUAUCUAGAACUGGACUGGCGCCUCAACCGUUGCCAGUACAAUAUCGUCCACUUCAACAAAUACCGAUACCAACUGCCAGGGGACCACCCUCUCAACCAACGACACCGCCACCGCCACCCAUUCAAUACCGACCCGCACCGAAACCCAACAAACCCAGGAAACCCGUAGAGGAAGCCUUCAAACAGCCCGCUAAACCACCCACGAAAUCUGUGAAACCGGUGCCGGUGUACGACGGACGCGGGAAGAAACCUGUUGCGCAGAUCAUCAGGAGGUAUCGCAAUGACAACCCGGACGGUUCGAUCACCUGGGGAUUCGAAAAUGAUGAUGGAUCGUACAAAGAAGAACUAAUUGGCGUCGACUGCAUCACGAGGGGCAAGUAUGGUUACAUUGAUCCGGAUGGUAUUCGUCGAGAAUACACAUAUGAAACUGGUAUCAGAUGCGACGAGGAACAACGAGAAGAAGAAGAGAAUGGGUUUGUAGACUACCAAGAGAACAAGCUAGUGCUUCCAGAUGGUAAAACCAUAGACCUCUCCAAUAUGGGUAAAAAGCAGGCGCGCAGACCUCGCUAUAGCAACAAAAAUUAGUAGCAGCGUUAAAUUAUACUUUUAUUAAUUGAGAGUGGUAACAUAGAUGUUCGAGGUCCGUCGUUGCCAAAAUCCAAUAAUUUUUAAUCCUUUGCACUCCGUUGGCUCCGCUAUAAAGACAUAAUUUGCAUCACAGAUAUAUGAUUCAUUUCAAAUUGCGCAACUCUUCUCCUUUUUAUUUGAAUAAAGCAAAUUGACAAAUGAAAUUAAAAGACGUGAAUCCAUGAAUAUAACUUUCCUUUUCCUAAACGAAACUUUAGGUUCUUGAAAGUUCCUCUAUAGAGAUCAACUAUUAAGGUAUCGAAAAUGUUCGGAGUGCAAAGGGCUAAUGUUAUUCUCGUUUCCCGAACGUUGAAGUAUAUUAACAUUUCUAUAAGAUUAAAGAGAAGAUCGAAGCUUCUUCUAGAAGGAGAAACGUAUUGCGUAAAAUAAUCAUUCAUGUUAAUAAUGACAAGAGCUUGCGAGCCUCAUAUUUUCUUUAACAAUGAAGUCUGGAGAGAAAAUCAAGGCAACAGCGUUUAAUGUUUUAAGUUUUAUUGUGACAAUUGUCGUUGUGUUUGUAUUGUUCGAAAUUCGUAUUUAGAUUAUUUAGCAUGUAUUUCUAUAUCGUGUACAUAUGAUUGUAGGUACCUGUACGAAGUUUAUCGAAUAAAAAGUAACAAGACGUAAUAAGUAAUACACUGCGUAAUAUCAUGGUAAUCGAUAAAUUAUAACAAAUUAUCCUAAUCGUCCUAGAUGUCGGUGUUCCACAGAUCCACGUAAUAACGAUAGAAUUCGAAUAACUUAAAGCAUAGAGAAAACGCGUUCG